AUGCAGCCACCGGGCCCGCCCCCGGACUAUUCCCCCACCAACGGAGACUUCACCUUUGUCUCCUCAGCAGACACAGAAGACCUCAGUGGUUCAAUAGCAGCCCCAGAUGUCAAGUUAAACCUUGGUGGAGAUUUUAUUAAAGAAUCUACAGCUACUAUAUUUCUGAGACAAAGAGGAUAUGGCUGGCUUUUGGAAGUUGAAGAUGAUGAUCCUGAAGAUAACAAGCCACUCUUGGAAGAAUUGGAUAUCGAUCUGAAGGAUAUUUACUACAAAAUCCGAUGUGUUUUGAUGCCAAUGCCAUCACUUGGUUUUAAUGGACAAGUGGUGAGAGACAAUCCUGACUUUUGGGGUCCUCUGGCUGUUGUUCUUUUUUUUUCCAUGAUAUCAUUAUACGGACAGUUUAGGGUGGUAUCAUGGAUUAUAACUAUUUGGAUAUUUGGUUCACUAACUAUUUUCUUACUGGCCAGAGUUCUUGGUGGAGAAGUUGCACAUGGCCAAGUUCUUGGAGUUAUAGGAUAUUCAUUACUUCCUCUCAUUGUAAUAGCCCCUAUACUUUUGGUGGUUGGAUCAUUUGAAGUGGUGUCUAUACUUAUAAAACUGUUUGGUGUGUUUUGGGCUGCCUACAGUGCUGCUUCACUGUUAGUGGGUGAAGAAUUCAAGACCAAAAAGCCUCUCCUGAUUUAUCCAAUCUUUUUAUUAUACAUUUAUUUUUUGUCCUUAUAUACUGGAGUGUGAUCUAAGUCACAUGUGAGUAGAAAAUGACAAUGUUACCUUUGCGUGAAGGUUGGGAAUUCUUGCUGAAAGGAUUGAAGAAAAGCUGUUGCUGAUAAAAUUUUACGUGUUCCAGAUACAAAGACAGGUUUAAGGCUUUUUUAAAACAAUAUUUUGUUUUUGGAUUUAAUUAAGCAAUUGCAGUUAUCUGGAUUUUUUUAAAUCAGAAUUCUGAAUUCUGUUUGAUUCUUCAUAUUCCAGUCAAUAAAAUAUAAAAGCAA